AUGGUAAGGCCAUUGUUUCUAUCAUGAUAUUUUUUAGAUAAUCUUUACAUCCUUUUACUUUUUUUAUCGAUUCUAUUUUAGGGAAAGAAAAAACACUUUAUUGACAAGUCCAAGGCAGUUACUUUCCGUCUGGAAACACGGGUUACAGAGGAUCGUCCUCCAAUCCUCGGCCCUCAGGCAGAACUCACAAAUGUUGUUGAUGUAACAGACGAGGAGUUGCUGGAGAGAGAAAGGCUGGGAAUUUAUUAUGCAGACAAUUACAACUACCUAAGUCAUCUCAAGUCGAGGGAUGAAGUACGUUUCUUUCUGUUGUCAUUUUGUUUCUUUAGGAGAUAACAAUAUUACUGAUAUUUUUUCUAGUUGCCCGAGCUUGGGAUCCCGACAGAGAAAGUCUCCCUUCUUCCGCAGAGUUCAUCUUCAAGUAAAAGUGAAAUCGAAGUUGUUCAGCCGGGCAGAAUUGAAUCUGAUAUUGACCCCAACAUCGAUCCCGAACUUCUGCAAGCCAUGGAGGAAUUGGAAGGACAAGAAAUGAUGGGAGAAGAAGACUUUGAUCUCGAUGAUAACUUCUUAGAACUUGCUGGAGGAGUUGAUGAGCCAGAACAAAGGAAAGUAUUCGAACAAUUCCGGCAGAAUAACAAUUUUGGAUCAGAUUCUGAAGAUGGAGAUGAGGAAAUUGAUUCAGAAGAUGCCGGUGAGUUACUUUCAUAUUAUUUUAUAUAAAUUUAGUUUUUGAUCUUUUCUGGUGAUUAAUUGUAGCUGAUUAUGUUACAGAUUUCAUGGACGGUGAUGGUAAUGACGGUUUUUUGGCUCCUCUUCCAGCUAAGCCAAUCCUCAAAAAGUCGGAUAAAAGUGAAUUGGAUCAACGUUUCUCCGAGUUUUAUGACAAUAUGGAUAAGGAAGAUGACUCAGAGGAUGAUGAAGAGUUUUUUGAAGGUGCUGAAGAUGGACUUUUGGAUGAUUUCGCGGAUGAAUAUAACGAAAGAAAAGAUAAAGUGAUGUAUGAGAAGCCAGAUAAUGAAUCUAAACGGCUAACUCUUGAGGCGUUUGAAAAACAAGAAGUGAAUCCAGAGAAAACAGAGAAAAUCAUGGUUCCGGUGAGACAAAAGAGGGCAAAAUGGGAUUGCGAAUCGAUUGUCUCGACCUAUUCUAAUGUUUAUAAUCAUCCCACGUUGAUUCAAGAGGAACCUAAGAGAAAACCGACGGAUCUGACGAGGAAGACGAUCAAAGUGAAAGAUGUAGUGAGUUCGAUGUUGUUUUUUGUUCACAAAAAAUUUGUUGUUUUUGUUGGUCAUGAUGUAUAUAAUCUUGUUUUAGGAGAUGGAAGAUGACACUCGAUCAGUUCGUUCAGCCGUCUCCACCUCCACUUAUCGACCCAAAGACGAGACGCCGGAAGAGCGCCGACUUCGGAAGCAGGGAAUAAAAGAAGAACGCCGAAUACGCCGAGCCGAGAAGAAGGCCAACAAGAAUGUGUUCAAGGAGGAGAGGAAGAAAAUGAGCGCCCAACGAGGACAGGUCCAUGUGGACGGUCGAACCAUCGCCUAA